AUGGCGCCCUUUGACCCUUAUAAUACCCUGGGGGUACCGCACAAUGCAGGGGAGGCCCAGAUCAAGCAGGCGUACAGGUCCCUGUCCCUGCAGUACCACCCGGACAAGAACCCCGACCCGGAGGCCACAAAGUACUUUGCCAGCCACAUCACCAAGGCAUAUGAGACGCUGACAGAUCCGGUCAAGUUUGCAAACUGGCAGGAGUAUGGACAUCCCGAUGGGAUGCAGGACUACGACGAGAGUGUGGCGAUGCCAAAGUGGAUGAAUGCCAAGUCAAAGGCAGGGUCCACGCUGAUGAUGCUCAGCAUGCUGGGUCUGAUCAUCGUGCUCCCCCUAGGGCUGGUCAUGAGGCACCUGAUGCAGUAUGAAUGGUGA